AUGGGCUGUGUGCAAUGUAAGGAUAAAGAAGCAACAAAACUGACUGACGAGAGGGAUGGCAGUUUAACUCAAAGCUCAGGCUACCGCUAUGGGACAGAUCCCACUCCGCAGCACUAUCCUAGCUUUGGUGUGACUUCAAUCCCAAACUACAACAACUUCCAUGCUACAGGAGGCCAAGGACUGACUGUGUUUGGUGGAGUCAAUUCCUCCUCUCAUACAGGGACACUGCGUACAAGAGGAGGAACAGGUGUAACUCUUUUUGUGGCGCUUUAUGACUAUGAAGCAAGAACAGAAGAUGACUUGAGUUUUCACAAAGGAGAAAAGUUUCAAAUACUUAACAGCUCGGAAGGAGACUGGUGGGAGGCCCGGUCCUUGACAACAGGCGAAACUGGUUACAUUCCCAGCAAUUAUGUGGCUCCAGUCGAUUCCAUCCAAGCAGAGGAGUGGUACUUCGGUAAACUUGGCCGAAAAGAUGCUGAGAGGCAGCUGUUGUCAUUUGGAAACCCCAGAGGUACCUUCCUGAUCCGGGAAAGUGAAACUACCAAAGGUGCCUAUUCCCUGUCUAUUCGAGACUGGGAUGAUAUGAAAGGAGAUCACGUCAAACAUUAUAAGAUUCGUAAACUUGACAAUGGUGGAUAUUAUAUCACAACUCGGGCACAAUUUGAAACUCUUCAGCAGCUGGUUCAGCAUUAUUCAGAGAGAGCUGCAGGUCUUUGCUGCCGCUUAGUAGUACCCUGUCAUAAAGGAAUGCCAAGGCUUACUGAUCUGUCUGUCAAAACCAAAGAUGUCUGGGAAAUUCCACGAGAAUCCCUACAGUUGAUCAAGAGACUGGGAAAUGGGCAGUUUGGGGAAGUAUGGAUGGGUACGUGGAAUGGAAAUACUAAAGUGGCUAUCAAGACCCUGAAGCCUGGCACUAUGUCUCCAGAGUCCUUCUUAGAGGAAGCCCAAAUCAUGAAGAAGCUAAAACAUGACAAAUUGGUCCAACUUUAUGCUGUGGUAUCUGAAGAACCUAUCUAUAUUGUCACGGAGUACAUGAGCAAAGGGAGUUUGCUAGAUUUCUUAAAAGAUGGAGAAGGAAGAGCUUUGAAGCUACCGAAUUUGGUGGACAUGGCAGCCCAGGUCUGUCUUCAGAGAAUGGCGUACAUCGAGCGAAUGAAUUACAUACACAGAGAUCUGCGCUCUGCAAACAUUCUGGUGGGGAAUGGCCUAAUAUGCAAGAUUGCUGAUUUUGGAUUGGCAAGGCUGAUUGAAGACAAUGAAUAUACAGCCAGACAAGGUGCAAAGUUUCCCAUUAAAUGGACUGCACCAGAAGCAGCCUUGUAUGGAAGGUUCACAAUAAAGUCAGAUGUGUGGUCGUUUGGGAUCCUACUGACAGAGCUGGUAACAAAAGGGAGAGUGCCAUACCCAGGCAUGAAUAACCGUGAAGUCUUGGAGCAAGUAGAACGUGGUUAUCGGAUGCCAUGUCCUCAGGACUGUCCCAUCUCCUUGCACGAGCUUAUGAUCCACUGCUGGAAAAAAGACCCAGAGGAGCGUCCAACCUUUGAAUAUUUGCAGGGUUUCCUUGAAGACUACUUCACUGCAACAGAACCCCAGUACCAGCCCGGUGACAACCUGUAAAUCCCUGGUCUCCAGACACUGUCACCGAUUACCAGGUGUUUUUCAGCCUGGCCCCACCUGCCCUUCAGCUUCCAACUCUGUGAUCAGCUUCUCCAGAGUGCAGCAUCUUCCAGCACCACCGUGCACGGGAGGGGCUGAAGCUGAGAACUUCCGCAGCCUUUGCCUAUGACCACUUGUCCUAAUAAUCUGAAUGUCCUGGAUGAAAAGGAGAAAAACACUCGUUUUUUCUUAAUCAAAGACUCCAAAACUGCAUUGUAUUGAUGUUAUGUAAACUGCAAAACCUCUGUUCAUUGUAAAUAGUAACUCAGUGCCAAUAACUGAUCCUAGUGCUUUCCUUUUUUUAAAACGCAAAACUUAUGUGAUUUUAACUAGUCUUCUCCUGAUUCGAUUAAAAGUAUUAUUUUCCAGAAGUGGCCUCUUUGUCUAAAACAU